AUGGCAGACAAUGAUACUAACGUUUUUCAAAAUUCUGAAAUUUCAUGGCCACGAUCUCUUCGAUUUUGGGUUUUGCUCAUCUUUGAUAUUCCAUCCAUUAUAUGUUCUUUCUUUGUUCUUUACUAUCUAAUAUUUGAUCGAACUCUACGUCAUGCUUUACACAAUCAUACAAUAGUUGUUUUACUUAUAUUAGCACUUAUCUUUCAGUUAACUGAUAUUCCAUGGUAUUUAGAUUUUAUUCGACGAAGUAUUGUAUGGCCUCAAACACCAGCUCGUUGUCUGAUAUGGUGGUUAGUUGAUCUCGGGUUUUAUAAUACAGCUGCAAUUAUUCUUGCAUGGGCCUCUGUUGAAAGACAUAUCCUCAUAUUUCAUGGUCAUUGGAUUUCAACUCAAAAGAAACGUCUCUUGCUUCAUUAUCUCCCAUUGGCUAUUCUUCUUUUAUAUUCAACUAUUUAUUACACAGUGCUCAUCUUUUUUCCACCAUGUCAACAUACAUACGAUUAUACGUUACCAGUAUGUUCAGCAACUCCUUGUCAUCUUCUUGAUCCAAUACUUGGAAUAUGGGAAAUGGGUAUACAUGGAUGUUUAUGUACGAUGAUAAUAGCUUGUUUCAGUAUAGCUCUUCUGAUUCGUGUUAUUGUGCAUAAGAGACGUGGUCGUCGAAUGUUUCAAUGGAAAAAAUAUCGCAAAAUGAUAAGUCAACUACUAUUAAUCUCAUCGCUUUAUUUAAUAAUUAAUUUACCUGGUGCGAUUAUGUGGGUAGGUCGAUUUUGUGGUCUGGUACCAACUGCUGCGUAUGUGGAAGCACAACUUGUUGGCUUUUUCAUCACUUAUUGGGCCAUACUUCUGUUACCAGUCGUUUCACUUGUUUCUUUACCUGAUUUGAAAAAAAAAGUUUUUCAGCUGGUUUAUUGGCGAGGACGAUACCCAGCAACUGUAGCCCCUAUGACAAGAUGUCCUACUACUGUACCUGGAAUCCGACAGUAA